AUGGAAACUCCAGCCAUGCAAGCUCCACCCAUUCCAUAUGCAACCAGGCCAGUUUCCGCGAUGCCACUUUCGCUCAUGUCCCUUCCAUCUCUCAAGGAGUACAUGGUAAACAAGUUGGUUGACGAAGGAACCCAUGUUAGUACCAUGGAGGACGCCUUGCGAGAUUACGACAGCCAUCGUCGCAAGAUGGAAGAAGUGUGUUCCGGUGCUAGCGAAAGCACCAUUACCUUCAUGGCAGACAAGUUGUUCUGGCGUGCUCAUUGGCCACUCGAAGAAUAUCCUGGAGAAAGUUGUUUCUUGACUCCACACGAUCAGGAUGUCAUUCAUAAGGCAUGUGCCAAGAUUCGUAUUGAGACGGCUCAUGCUAGGCAUGCAGAGAGAUAUCGUGAGCAAGUCCAGAGAUGUCGGGAUAUGUAUUCUCAGGAGGCUCGGGUCUGGAGCAAGAAUCUUGGGGAUAAGCUUGCAAAAAUGACACAGAAGGAAGAGCAGAUCGAGGGACACAAUGCAGAGGAGAACGAAGAGAAACUGGGGUUGCAGGCGUUGUCACAACUUAAGAUCGGAAGUACAGCAGAGGAUAUGUCAAAACCAGCACCGAAAGGAUGGUUUACAGAGCUGAUCAAUGCUUCUGGCACCGAUUCUGUGAGGCCAACAGAAGAAUUUCCAGGAAAGAAAGCCUGGAUUAUACGAGAUAAAAAGAAGGAUAAAGAUGAAGUCAUUGUAGCGCAGAUAAAGAUACAAGCGAAGCAAAAAGACACUCGAAAUCGACAGAACAAAAUAACAAUAUCGCCAUUGCCACAACCUAUGACCAAUGCAAGCGAACCACCCGAGAUCACCAAACCCCAAGGGCGGUCACAACCAAGGCAGAAUACUGAGAAUAGAGACUGGCCGAAAGCUAAAAGUGACGCAAAAACAGCCAUAGAUUGGGGAAUUAUCCCAAUACAACGAAGAAAAGAGCGUCGGAGACAACUAAAACGAAGUCCCUCGAGCAAGAAGUCGGCGGCAAAAGAAUCAGCACGAGUCUUGGCCAAACACCUCUUAGAAGCCUCCACAUCAAGAGAACAACCACAGACACUUGAGAAUGAACUAGAUAGAGCUCGACCGGUUCUCCCAACCACGCAAUUGCAGAGAGCUUCAUUAACAUCAGAUAUGGUUGCGAUGAAUACACACGAAGAAGACUCAGAUCCACGCGGAGAAUCAGAGCACUCGUCUAAAAAAGCCAUAGUACACUUUGCACCCGCUCCUUCAGGCCAACUUCAAACAUUGGAUGAGAUGAUCGAAGAAGAAGGAGAGAUUGCCAGGCAAUUAAACAAUGUGCAUGAUCCCUUUUUAGAUCUCGAGGAGAACAGAAGUAUACGCCAGAACGGAGAUGAAUUGGGGGAGGUUGGAGGUUCCAUCAAACGAGCACCAAACGAACGCAAACGCUUUUGCGUGGUACUAUAA